AUGUUGACAAAUGAAGUAAAAAGUACUGGAGAUGAAGAGGCAAUAAUUGCCGACAAGCUGCGGCUGGUAGAUGCAGUUCAACGAUUAGGUAUUGGGUAUCAUUUUGAGCCAGAGAUUGAAAAAGCACUUGAAAAAGUACAUGAUAUGGGGGAAGGCUUAUUCACCAACAUCGAUGACAAAGGCAAGGAUCUCCACCAUGCAGCUCUUCGGUUUCGACUCCUCAGACAACAAGGAUUUCCUGCUUCGCAGGAUGCGUUUAGAAAGUUGAAGAAUAGUGAAGGGAGGUUCAAGGAAUGGGUGUCAAGGGAUAGGCAAGGACUGUUGAGCUUGUACGAGGCAGCACACUUGGCAUUCAAUGGAGAAGAUAUAUUGGAUGAAGCCCUAAUCUUUGCGACCAAGAACCUUAAGUCGCCAUCCAUCAUCCAACACAAUACCAACCCUAAUUCAUUCCAAAAGCAAAUCGACUUUGCUCUCCGCUUUCCUGCUUGGAAAUGUGUUCCAAGAUCACUUGCCAGGCACUCCAUAGAUUUUUAUUCCGAGGAUACUUCGCAGAAUCAAAAGCUUCUCAUGUUUGCAAAGAUGGAUUUCAACAUGGUCCAGAACUUGCAUCAGCAGGAGCUCUAUGAAAUCUCUGGUUGGUGGAGAAGUUUUGAUUUGGCGACCAACUUUCCAUUUGCAAGAGAAAGGCUUGUAGAGAGUUAUUACUGGAAUGUUUGCGUUUACUUUGAGCCUAAAUAUCGAUUGGCAAGAAUUAUAAACACCAAGAUAUAUCGUACGUUGUCAAUCUUAGAUGACACGUGUGAUAACUUUGCUACAUAUGAAGAGCUUCAGGCCCUAUCGGAAGCUAUUGAAAGGAUGAAUGUUAGGGCUCUUCAAGAACUACCCGAUAGGAUGAAGAAAACUUAUCGUCUCAUCCUUGAUCUGUAUGAUGAAGUCGAGAGUGAAAUUGGAAAAUCGGGACCCACUUUCCCCGUCGAUUAUGCAAAGGGCGAGCUCAAGAAAUUGUGCCGAGCCUACUUACUUGAGAUUCGGUGGCGCGCUGAAAGCAAGGUUCCAACACUGGAAGAGUACAUGAUCACCGCACACAUCAGCUGCGCUAUGCCCAUAACGGCCACCUCGAAUUUCAUUGGCAUGGGAGCAGAAAUAGCCACCAGGGAGGCUUUUGAAUGGGUGACUAACGAAUCCAAGCUGAUGAAAGCUUGCUCUGUGAUUGGUAGGCUUCAAAAUGACAUUUUCUCUCACGAGUGUGAGCAAAACAGAAGUCAUCCUGCUUCGGCCGUCGAAUGCUACAUGAAGCAAUAUGGAGCGACGGAGGAAGAAGCGGUUGAAUUCCUGUGGAAGAAGAUUCACAACGCCUGGAAAGACAUCGCCGAAGAGUAUCAGAAACCAACUCCAUUGCCGGUAGCUCUUACAGAUCGUCUCCUCAAUUUGGCGCGUUCCUUCAACUUGUUCUAUGAAAAUGGUGAUGGCUACACCAACUCCCACCUCGUGAAGGAUCACCUCACCUCAAUGCUCAUCGAUCCUGUGCCCCUUUGA